AUGCUAUCCGCGCUACUCUUUGGCUGGCUAUGGCCAUUACUCGCGCCGACCCUGCUUCUGCCAUUCACGGCGGCAGCACCACAAAAUCUGUCUGCAGUACCGUCGGCUGCAUCAUUCUAUGUAUACAACCUACCAGACCUGCAUCAGGAUGAGCAACAUCCGCUGCACAUAUUCUCCGGCCACCUGUCUGCCGACCCAGAAGCAUCCAAGGCACCCGCGACUGACGUGACUGCCCAUUUAUUCUUCGUCUUGAUCAAGGCGCGGAGGACUGCGGACAAGGAGCGCAUCGUAUUCUGGCUGAAUGGCGGUCCCGGCUGCUCAUCAUUUGACGGUCUCAUGAUGGAAGUUGGACCAUGGCGACAAGAUGGCAAGGGCGGUUACAAGACAAUGGAAGGCGGAUGGGAGGAGUACACUACCAUGGUAUAUGUGGACCAGCCAGCGGGGACAGGGUUCUCGUACACAUCGACAAACCACUAUCUUCACGAGCUUCCAGAGGCUUCUAGACAAUUCGUCGAGUUCUUGAAGAACUUCUACGACGUGUUCCCUGAAUACAAAAAUGUAGAAAUGUACAUUGCCGGCGAAAGCUACGCAGGGCAAUACAUCCCAUAUUUCGCUGACGCGGUUUUGAACUCUACACUAAAUGUUCCCCUACGUGGGGCAGCUAUCGGCAAUGGUUGGAUGGACGGUCGGCACCAAUAUCCCUCCUUCUUAGAGUAUGCCGUCAAGCAUGGUCUUGUAGAAGAGGGAUCGGAGGAUUGGAAACGCGGAAAGGCUGCUACGGACAAGUGCAUGACCGAAUUCAUCAAGUAUACGACAGUCGAACCUGUGAAGGUCGACAUUUGCGAGUCCGUGAUGAAUGAGGUUAUCAUGGGCAAGAAUCAUAAGUCAAAUGGGACAGAGAUGUGUGUCAAUAUCUAUGACGUGCGGCUUGAAGACACGUCCCCUUCGUGCGGCAUGCACUGGCCGCCGGAUCUGGACCCGAUGUACAAGUAUCUCGCCCGGCCAGAAGUCGUGCGUGCCCUCCAUGCCUCUGCCGCAUCCCAGACGUGGCAAGAGUGCAGGGGCAUCAUCCAUACCGAAUUCGCCGCGAGGAAGUCGCCAUCGGCCAUCACUGUGAUUCCGAAGGUGCUCGAAAAGAUCCCCAUGCUGUUCUUUGCGGGUGACCAGGACCUCAUUUGCAACUAUGUCGGGAUUGAGAGCAUGAUCCAAGCGAUGACUUGGAAUGGGGCGAAGGGACUUGGGGAGGUCGAGACGCAGUCAUGGACGGUUAACGGCUCUGCUGCAGGAACCUGGGUCACUUCGAGGAAUUUGACCUACGCCAAGAUCUUCAAUGCUUCACACAUGGUCGGCUUCGACGCGCCGCACAUUACCCAUGACAUGAUCCUCCGGUUUAUGGGCAUGAACUUCAGUGCUAUCACUGCUGGCUCGGCGAGAAUACCGAGUACGGUCGGCAAAGAUGUCAAACCACUUCCUGCCCUCCUAGAGGCGACACCCUCCGCCUCUCCAUCGCCGGCGAAGACACCGGAACAGGACAAGGCUAUGUGGGAAGCAUACUACAACGCCGGCUCGGCCGCCCUCCUGCUCCUUCUCAUCGCUAUUCUCCUGGGCGUGUGGUUCUGGUGGCGCUCGAGAAGGGCACGUCUACGUGGCCUGCCCGUGUCGACAAACGAAGAGAACAUUCCCCUUAGUUCUAACAUGGAAGAGUCGAAUGGGCAUGGUCCAGACGACGUCGGGGGCGAACGGUUCCAGUCACGAAAGGGGAAAGAGCGGGCUACGCAGCUUACACCCGAGCAGGCCAUUUUCAGUGUUGGAGAUGAAGAGGACGAAGAAGAUCGAAGUCCCAGAAUAUGA